AUGAAGUCCCAACUUCUCAAGCAAUCUCUUCUUCUGCUUGCUGCGGCGACUGCUGUGUCUAGCUCCGGUCAAGGAGGAUGGAAGAACGGUCCCGAAGCAACCGGAGAAGUAGACCCAAAUGUUACUAGGGACUGUGGAUAUUGGGCGAACAAUGUUCAAAACGAGGACACUUGUGAGAUGAUUGAGGAUUCCUUUGGUAUAACUCAAGCCCAGUUUGAAUAUUGGAACCCAGAGUUGAAAACAAGCUCUGAAUGCAAGAUGGUCCCUGGAUUCAGUUACUGCGUCUCCGGUCCUGCUGGUUCCGCAGCGGCACCAUCGGUUACCCCAGAUAAAACAAUCACGUAUAAUGGCACCGCCGCACCGGUCCAAACUGCACUUACAAGUGGUUGUACCCAGUACCACCAGGUACAGAAUGGCGAUACUUGCCAUAGUAUCCAAGAUCAAUACAUGAGCUUUACUCUCGCUCAGUUCUACAGUUGGAACCCGGCUAUUACUGAGUGCGAGGGACUGGUCAAGGGUGACUACGUCUGCGUAGGAGCAGUGAGCCCGUCCAUUCUACCUUCUUCAUCAUCUGCAUUCCCAACACAAACCGGAGUCACUCAGAUGUGCAACAAGUGGCACGAUGUGUCCGACAAUGAUACCUGUGCCUCGAUAUUAUCGGAAUUCGGUCUCACUGCGGCCCAGUUUUACUCUUGGAAUCCCGCUACUGGAUCUAACUGCAAGAGCUUGUGGCGGAAGACCGAAGUCUGUGUUGGCAUUUCUGAACUCACGCCAUCCCCGACCACUAGCACCGCAACGGAAACUGGAAUUGGAACCGGAUCAGUGCCAUCACCCGUACAAAGUGGCAUUGCAUCCGACUGCAGGAAGUAUUAUAAAGUCCAGAGUGGAGAUACUUGUGUCAAGGUUGAAACAGACAAUAACAUCAGCGCGGCCAAUUUCCUUAUGUGGAACCCGGCCGUAGGCUCAGAUUGCAAAGACUUGGAGUUGGAUGUCUAUGUAUGCAUUGCAGCAGUACCGUCACCUGUGCAAAGCGGGAUUGCAUCUGAUUGCAGCAAGUACUACGAAGUCCAGAGUGGAGAUACUUGUGACAAGGUUGAGAGAGACAAUAACAUCAGCGCGGCCGAUUUCCUUACGUGGAAUCCGGCCGUAGGCUCUGAUUGCAAAGACUUGGAGUUGAAUGUCUAUGUCUGCGUUGCAGUGUAG